AUGGAUCAAUCCGGACCAGUCUCGCCCGAUUCAGAAGGGAACUCGAAUGCGCCUACAUUAGCAGGACCCACCUCACGCACUCCGUCACACGGGCAAAGCGUGUACCCUUUGACUGGUUACUUGCACAACGACGAAGAAAAAGAUGGCCCGUGGGCCGGCAAAAUCAUCCUGUCACUUGACGGCGGAGGGAUUCGGGGUUAUUCGAGCCUUCUCAUUGUGGAAGACUUGAUGUCGAAAAUUGCUGUCCUCGAACAAGAUACCUCCUGGAUAGAUGAAAAUAUCAAAGCGACGUACCGGCUGUGUGACAAAGAUGUCAAGAAUGUGCGGUAUAGCGCCGACUACCCUUGGAAAGGCCAGAACAUCACUCUCCAUGACGAGCGCUUCUACCCUGCUCAUUACUUUGACUACGUGGCCGGGACAAGCACCGACGGGCUCAGCGCAAUCAUGCUAGGCAGGCUCAAUCUGACUGUUCAGGAAGCCAAAGAACAAUAUACUCGGUUUGGCAACAGCGUCUUUGGCCAAGGUCCCUGGUUCCACAUGAGGUCCGCACUUUGGUGGCCCCGACCAAAGUAUGCGACGACCAAGGUCCGACAAACGAUCCUUGAGGUUGUCCGCCUUGGUCUUAGAGACCCCCAAGUCGUGGAUUACGAAGUGCAACACGAGACGCUCGCCAAGGAUCCGCGGUUUGAAAAAGCCUGUCAAUGGUAUGAGUAA